GAGAGAGAGCAACAAGCGAACGAGGAGCAACAUGAAACUUUAAAAAAAUACUCAUGCAACAUCCUGAAAGAGACUCUGUUGGAGAGACAACUCAAUGAGGAAAGACAUCCCUUUUAUCAUGCCAUUCACAGAUCCACUGCUGGCCUUUGUCUCCUCCCUGGCAAUAGCGGAGUUCAGUCUCUUGUGCACGUACUGUUACCCCGGCUCAUAGGCUCGUCUUCUAGGAAAUACACAAGACAACACGUCCAUUUGUUGAAUUCUGCACAGAAAUCGUGAUGGAGGCAGACAUUAAGUGGCUCUGGAAGAAGACUCAAACUGAAGAGUUUUACGAACCUUACACAACGAGCUAUGAGGUCGUCCUCGGCACUCGACAACCCUUGCUCGAGGAUCACUUCACUUGUGCCCUUAGACACCUCUUCAGGGUGAAAAUGGAAGGUGAGGUAAAAUGGUUAUGGAAAGGCACGGCAACGGAGACCUACUUCGAGCCUCACACAACGUGCUACCAACUUGGACUGUCCACCCAUGAACCUUUACGCGAGGAGCAUGUUGUUCAAGCGCUGAGACACCUCUUUAGGAAGGUCCCCUCUCUGCGUGCGUGUUACGGGGAGCGACAUGGCGAGAGGUGGAUGAGAGAGAUGGCAGAAGAGAUCAUCGACUUCGAAGUGAUCUCAGACGUUACAAUAGAUGAUGAGCUACACCACUCAAUGCACACUAUUAGCCUUAACAACGACAAGGGCCCCUUGUGGUGCGCCAGACUCUUGCCCGGAGUAGCAGAAUUCAACAUGUCAGAGUUUCCUAACGUCAGUACACUGUUUCUGGUUGUUAAUCAUAGCAUAUCGGAUGGGACUUCCAACAUGAAGACUUGCGGUUUCUUUGUUCAGCUCCUUGAUUCUGUGAUCGCUGGAAAACCUAUUGAUGAUAAGGAACAGCUUGGAGUGUUCGUGUCGGAUGAAAAGACGCAGAAACUGAUUCAGGAACAAUUAGACUUCCUGGAGGCUAACCCUGACCUGAUGCUGAAGACAAAGGAAGAGGUUCACACGCACCAGAGUAUGCGCUCUCUUGUGAAAUCGACUUAUAAAGCAGUGGGAGACACCGUGGCAAAAACUCUAACGUUGACGAAAGAACUGGAUCCAGAUGCCACAACCUCCUUCAUCAAACGGUGUCGGGCUGAAGGUGUCACCGUCAACUCGGCUUUCACAGCUCUUGCCAACAUUACCACGGUGGAUAUCCUGGUCGAAGGAGGACUCGAGCUGGACACAUACACCAUCCGGGGCGACCACCUUUUUAACGCUCGUAGGUACUGGGGAGGGGACACCUCUCAGUACCUGGGUUGUCAUGUACUACCUCUAAAGCCUGUGCUUAUCGAAACUCCGCGCAGUGUUGGCGAGAACUUCUGGGAUUUUGCGAGACUGACUCACCAGAAGCUCUUGAAGAAAAUUAAGGGUGUCACAGCAUUGCAAGAGGAAGCCAUUAAACCCUUCGUGCCAAAGAACCCGGACUUCAACCCUCAAUAUGAAUUUGAAUUUGUUUUAACCAACAUGGGAGAUGUAACGGAAACAGUAACCGAAGGCGGCCAAAAUGUAAAUGUAAUUAAUGUAAUUAGGUCUGUCUGCAUACAAAGUGCUCCCAUUGCCUUUGAUAGUUUCAUUCACAGUUUCCGUGGGCGCUUUAUGCACACUCUUGUCUACAACCCUUCAUUCAUUAGCCCAAAAAUGGCAAAAGACUAUUGUGAGAAGAUUUUUAACUAUAUCCGAUUUUUUUAUGUAUAAUCUGCAUAUCAGAGGAAGUAUAUACCUGGAUAAAAAUAUUCGAAACUACUAACAUUAAAACUAACAUAAUUUACAAAUAUAGAAAUAUCUCUAGAAACCUACUCUUAAUUUAAUUCAUCCUAACAAUUCAUAUACGAAACAUGUAUUUAAUCUGUGUAUCUUAUAAGAGAUCGAGCCUAGGAGGUUCUCUCACUAACUUGGGGUGGCACAGGCAGUGCAUUGUUAGGUUUCUAGUGUAUACUGUUAAAAAGUAUAUUUUAUCUUUAACAAUAAUGUUUAUUCUGAUGUUAUAUUUCCAAGAUGUUAUAUAUAAUUUUCUUGUGAUGAUACUCAUUGCAAUUAAACACAACGUCAAGUAUAAUAAAGAAUAAAUAUGCUAAUCA